AUGGGGGCGCUGCUGGCCCUCUGCCUGCUCCUGGGCUGGCUGCGCGGGGGCCCCGCGGGCGCGCAGCCGUCCGGAGAGUACUGCCACGGCUGGGUGGACGUGCAGGGCAACUACCACGAGGGCUUCCAGUGCCCGGAGGACUUCGACACGCUGGACGCCACCAUCUGCUGCGGCUCCUGCGCGCUGCGCUACUGCUGCGCCGCGGCCGACGCCAGGCUGGAGCAGGGCGGCUGCACCAACGACCGCGGGGAGCUGGAGCACCCCGGCAUCCCGGCGCAGCCUGUCUACGUCCCUUUCCUGAUUGUCGGCUCCAUCUUCAUCGCCUUCAUCAUCCUGGGCUCUCUAGUGGCCAUCUAUUGCUGCACCUGCUUGAGACCCAAGGAGCCCUCCCAGCAGCCGAUCCGCUUCUCCCUCCGCAGCUACCAGACAGAGACCCUGCCCAUGAUCUUGACCUCCACGAACCUCAGGGCGCCUUCCAGGCAGUCCAGCACAGCCACCAGCUCCAGCUCCACGGGGGGCUCCAUCCGCAGGUUCUCCUUCGCCAGGGCAGAGCCAGGCUGCUUGGUGCCCUCGCCACCCCCGCCGUACACCACGGGCCACCCAAUCCACCUGACCCAGCCGUCCGGUUUCCUGGUGUCACCCCAGUACUUUGCUUACCCGCUCCAGCAGGAGCCCCCGCUGCCUGGGAAGACCUGUCCGGACUUCAGUUCCAGUUGAUAGGCCCCGGGCCAUAAACCCAGCACGCGGCACCAGGGCGGACGGGUGGGACGCUGCUGUCACUGCCACAGAUAUUGGCGAGGAAACUUCCCUUGAACCCAGCGGUGCUAGGAAAAUACGGCGCUUCCUAGUCUUCAGGCUCCUGGCUCCCGUCACAGAAUGACUGUGUUAGAUCAUUGCUUCCUGGCUUGGAAAACGUGGUGACCAUUACAUUUCAACGUAUGCUACUUUUAGUCAAAAGGUACCAUAGUUCAAACUUCACAGUUGCAAACGGGUUGAAGAUGCUUUACUGGACAACAACUCAGCUGUGCUGUUUAGAAAAAGUCUACAUGUUCUUCUUUCAUUAUAAGUUGUUUAGUGAGUUAUCAUACAAAUAUAUACAUUAAUAAGAAAGGGCAAUACCGGGUUGUACUAGUCAUUAUUGAAGGGCCACUUAAAAGAAUUAACUACUAAGUAAACUGAGGGGACAGUGAAAAACCUAUUUAUGGUUUUGGGAGCAACCUAACCAUGAAUAAUAUUAGCGCCGUCAGAAACAGUUACUUUUUAAGUUAAUGAUUAAAUUGUGUUUAAACUGUAAGAGCUUUUUCAGAAUACAAGAUUUCAGUAACCACAGGAGGAGUUUAAAGCGUUCAGUAUUUACUCAGCUAUUCAUGGUAACACAGGACGAAUGUGAACGCACUUCCCCCACCCACCUGAGGGAAUAUUUAUUGCAGACUUUUUGUUCAGCAAUAUUUUCUGUUUAAGUGAAAGUUGGACAGUUGGGUCUUAAAACAUUUAUAUGUAAAAUGAGUGAUGUACAAAUGUAAAGAUUUAUAAUUUAAUGGAUUUACCACAUUGACGGUACUAAUUAUUUAGUAGUCACACUGUAAUUUUUUAUGUUAAUAUUAACUGUGGAGUUCAAAGUCCAGCUACUGGUUAUAAUCAUCUAAUGUUAACAUAUCGCAAAUGCCCCUGAGUUCCAUGUCUGAUGACUACGCAUUUGGGCAUGUAUC